AUGAGCUCCCCUUGGGGUGGUAGCCCCACCUCGGCUAGCUCCCCUUGGGGUGGUAGCCCCACCUCGGCUAGUGAUGGGUCCACCUCGGCUAGCUCCCCUUGGGGUGGUAGCCCCACCUCGGCUAGCUCCCCUUGGGGUGGUAGCCCCACCUCGGCUAGCUCCCCUUGGGGUGGUAGCCCCACCUCGGCUAGCUCCUCAUGA